AUGGACCCAAGCCAUCCACCGAUGGUGGCAGAGAAAGUGUGCAAAACGGUGCGUUUAAUAGGGUUCCUCAUACAAAACGGUGUCUCGAAAAGCAAGAUCAUGCACGAUGUACAGGACGUGAUGAAGCGAGGCAAAAACAUAGGGAAGGCAUUGAACGACGUCGUGGUGCGCCACCACGAAGCCUUGACCUGCCGCUCACGUGAUUCGCACAUGUCAUUCGUGUCUCCGAUGGAGUACCAGUUUAGCUGCAGCAGCAGUCCACCACGCCACUCUCAUGCCAACAGGAGGAAGCUCUCUCCGGCCACCCCGCAUGCCCGGCGGCAUGACAAGGCGGUGAGGCUGUGUCGCGGCACAGACAAUGACGCGUUGGCGGGCCAUUACUGUCCAAUAAGGAGGCGCGUAAAUAUCACGGCGUCCGCUGCUUCCAUGUUGAGAGAGACGGAGAAGGAUUUCCACGUGGACGAGGCGGCGGAGGAGUUCAUCGAUAAGUUCUACAGAGAGUUGAGGUUGCAGAAAUGGUUGGACCACUAUUGCUGA